AAACAAGAAAACAUUUCACUGGAAUAUGCCAUCGAUCCUCAUAUUUACACUUCUUUAUUAAAACAAAAAUACAUUUUAAAACUUUCAGGUUCAAGCAUUAAAUAUCGAAUUGAUUAUUUUUAAGUUUAUUUACUAGAAUCAUCAACUAAAUGUAUUGAAUAGCUAAGUUGAUGUUUGAAAACAUGCUUCUGAAUUCUUUAUUUCCUUCUCUACGUCACAUAACAACGUUUACAAAUGGUGGGCAAGGGGGGUUUACAAUUACUUAUCCAAACAACAAAAACAAGAAAAACCUCGGUAAUAAACCACCAUGCCAAUAAAAAAGCGUGACUUUUGGAUUGCUCAGAGUACGAAGAGAUUUUCCUUCUUUAGUGCGUAUGAAUUACAGAACGAGAUAGGCAGAGGACCCAACUCAAUAGUCUACAAAUGUCAAAGGAAAGGUCUGGAUUUGUUUUGGUCAGUCAAAAUCUUAACAAAAAAUAUAAACAAACAAGUUCCUUUAGCCAAUGCGGUAGUUCUUCUCAAGCUGGACCAUAAAAAUUUGGUGAGACUCCAAGAAAUCUUUGAAACACGGACUAGAAUUUAUGUGGUGCAAGAGUUGAUCACUGGUGAAGGGUUGUUUGAGAGGAUAACGAACCCAAACAGCCCGGCCUACACGGAAGGGGUCAUUUCAAAAGCUGUUAGAGAUGUGGUCAAUGGACUAAAAUAUCUCCACUUUUGUGAUUAUGUGGUCAAAAACCUUAAGCCAGAAAACCUGUUAUAUGCAAAUCCUUCAAGCGAAGCACCUUUAAAAAUUGCUGAUUUCGCGAUGUCCACAAUCGUUGGACCGGAAGUUCAUUUAUCCUCAUUAUGCAAAUUUCCCAGUUUUACUGCGCCAGAAAUUAUGAAAGGUUCGCCGUGUGGAAAGCCUGGAGACUUAUGGGCACUAGGCGUUAUAACAUUUAUACUAUUGUUUGGAGUCGAGCCGUUCGCCUAUGAAGAUCCACUAUUGCUCUUCAAAAAUGUUAUCAAAGGGCAGUAUGAGUUUCCUUCUAGAGGCGAGGAAGACAUCAGUACGGGGGCAAAGGAUUUUCUUCGCAAAAUCCUGGUCGUGGAACCAGCCAAAAGACUGACCAUCGAGGCGGCGUACCGGAACUGCUGGGUCAACAGCGUCACGUGCAAGCACGCCGUCCUGGACAACGUGGUCCUCAACAUCAUCGACUACAACAACCGGCGACGGCAGCAACUGUACCAGCCCCCACUGCCCAUCAGCACCAUCCACUCGGACGACAACCCGCACUAUAUACUUCUGGUGGAGCCCGCGCCGGAGCGAACGGAAGAGGAGGUUCGGGAGUCAAAUAUAGAGCUGACCCCAGAACAGGAUGCGGAAGAUCCCGAGAAACCUGGGGAAGUUGGGGAAGAGACCAGUGACGUCAAUAUGUUUAAAGAGGACCCGGGGCAGUUGAGUCCGCCAGUGUUGGCCUAGGUGAUGACACGCUGGUGCCAACGUGAGAAGUCGUCAUUACGGAGUAGACUGACACGGUGCUUGCAUUGGUCAGUUCUUUUCGGACAACUCGUUUAUAGGAGCCGUCUCAUACCCGGCUUGGGAAAACUGUCUCGCAUAUUCAAACACUUGUUUUUUUUUUAUCAAACUAGUGUUGCAUAUACCAUCUGUUAUUGAGCAAACAAUUAUUGCAUUUACAAACAUCUAUUUUUGACCAAAACUAGCUUGCAAUCACUGAUAUCUAUUUUUGUUAUAAAUCAAGCCCAUGUAGUUGAAAUAUACUGACAUGAAACUGUUAUAACAGUAGGCAUCCUAACAACAUGUCCGUAUCCUAAUAACAAUACGUAUCCUAAUAACAAUACGUAUCCUAAUAACAAUACGUAUCAUAAUGUAUUAAUAUGAUAGGAUUGUUUUUGUUAUGACAGUCAUAAAAAUAUAUUAAAGAUUCUUCUAAAAUCAUUCUUAAUUAAUACAUCCAUUAUGUAUUAAACAAAAUGUAUCUUUCCUUUUGGGACUCUGUUUAACUGUCUGGAUAGCCACUUUGUGAGUGAUAAUUUUAAAUUGAAUGAAUGUGAAUGAGAUAUUUCAAACCAUGCAAUUAUUAUUUGAUACAUUCCAUCAGAUUAUUCUUCA